AACUCUGAAUGAUAGAUAAAUUCACCCUCGAAACCACAUUUACCAUUGCUAUUUUUCUUCACAUCGAUCACCUCCUCUUUACAAUUUACACCAUACCUUCCUUAAUUUCUCACAAAAAUUUCACUCUCUAAAAUGGAGAAUUACCCACCACUAUUUCCAUCAUCAUUAUCGUCUCAUGAGUUUUCAUUAAUGAAUAAGAAGAGGAGUAAUACUCAUGCAAAAGAGGUUUUAUUAUUCCAAGGAAAGAACAACGGGUUCUUGGGGCUAAUGGCAAGCAUGGAAACUCCGAGCGGUGUAACAAAUAGUUUUGAGGACGAUGUGAUGAAAUCGUGUAAGAAGAAGGGAGAGAAGAAGAUUAAGAAACCAAGGUACGCUUUCCAAACAAGGAGCCAAGUGGAUAUUCUUGAUGACGGUUAUAGAUGGAGGAAAUAUGGACAGAAGGCUGUCAAGAACAACAAAUUCCCAAGGAGCUACUACCGAUGCACGCAUCAAGGAUGUAACGUGAAGAAACAAGUACAAAGGUUGUCCAAGGAUGAAGGAGUAGUGGUAACUACUUAUGAAGGCAUGCAUUCACAUCCCAUUGACAAGUCUACCGAUAACUUUGAGCAGAUUUUGAGUCAGAUGCAAGUCUAUGCUUCCUUCUAAAUAUUUAUUUAUUUACCAUCAAUGCCUAAGGCAUAAAUACACUGGGUAUGUUGUUGUUGCAAUGCCUAAGACAUAUAUCUAUAUAUUAGUUACCUGUAAAACAAUACUGCAGUUGUGUACAUGCAUUUUAAACAUAGACGCAACUUCAUUUGGGAGUUUCAUUUUGUCAUUGUGUAUUUAAGAACUAAAAACAACGCUGCUAUUUUUUCGUUUUAUGCAAUUUGCAUCCAAUUCUGCUCA